CAUUUUUUGUUUUCAUUUCUUCUUUGAUAGCCUUUCUAAAGUAGCACUGAAAAUCCAGCAUGCUUAAAGCAACCAAAAACAUCUGAGAGAGAAAAAAUAAAUAAAUAAAGGAGAGUUCUAGCAUAGAAAGAUUAUUCAGAAAUGGGUUGACACAAGAAAAAAGAAGCAGCAAAACCCUUUUUUUUCCUCAAUAAAAGCUGCUUGCUUAUUAUCAAAAACCAGAACCAUACUUCGGUUUUUUUUUAUUUUAAUUUUAUGGGAUUAAGGCACAAGCAGUGAGAAAUUUUUUGAAGAUUUUCAUAUUAUUUCUCAACAUCAAAAGUUAGUUUGUUGUAGUCAAUAAAAAAGCCGGUUCCGUGUUGAUCGGUGGCGACUUGUUUUCAUAAUUAAGAUUUUGUUAUCUGCGGUCAGAAUCGGGAAGCUGUGGUGUCGAGGACUGAAGCCAUGGCGACUGUUAAGCGUUCGAAUUCGAAAGGCAUGUACUCGUGGUGGUGGAACAGUCACAUAAGCCCUAAAAACUCUAGAUGGCUCCAAGAGAAUCUAACAGAUAUGGAUACUAGAGUCAAGCAAAUGAUCAAGCUCAUUGAAGAAGAUGCUGAUUCCUUUGCUAGGCGAGCAGAGAUGUAUUACAAGAAGCGGCCGGAGUUGAUGAAGUUGGUAGAAGAGUUUUAUCGAGCAUACCGUGCCUUGGCUGAAAGAUAUGAUCAUGCAACUGGGGUGCUUCGUCAGGCGCAUCAAACCAUGGCAGAAGCAUUUCCGAACCAAUUUGUAGAUGACACACCAGGAGGUUCCGCUGCUGAAGUUGAUCCCUCUACUCCUGAGAUGCAACCAUCCGUACGUGCAUUUUUGGAGCCUGAUGAGCUGCAGAAGGACACUGUGGGACUCUCUUCACAUGCUAUCAAGAGAAAUGGAGCGUUCACUGAAGAAUCUGAUUCAGCAAAUUUCAGAAAGGGUCUUAAACAGUUCAGUGAUUUGUUUGGUUCUGAAGAAGCUAUAAACCACGUCAAAUUUGCAGAAGGAAGGGCAAGAGAAGACCUCAGCUUUAAUGAUAUAGAGAAGAAAGAGAAAAGUCCAGGAUACAAUGGGGGCUCCAAUCUCCGAGAACGAGCGAGUAAAGCUGAGAUGGAAAUUGCAACCUUGAAGAAGACUCUUGCUAGGUUAGAAGCUGAAAAAGAAGCUGGCUUACUUGAGUACCAGCAGAGUUUGGAUAGAUUGUCUGCUCUUGAGAGCGAGGUCUCUCGUGCACAAGAAGAUUCCCGGGGCCAUAGUGAACAAGCAAGUAAAGCUGAAGCUGAAGUUCAGACUUUGAAGGAUGCACUCACCAAACUUGGGGCUGAAAGGGAUGCUAAUCUUGUUCAAUACCAGCAGUGCUUGGAGAAAAUAAAUGAUCUUGAGAACAGUAUUUCUCAUGCUCAAAAGGAAGCAGCAGAACUGAAUGAACGAGUUAGUAAAGCUGAAAUCGAAGCUCAAGCCUUAAAGCAGGACCUUGCUCGUGUAGAAGCUGAAAAGGAGGAUGCUCUAGCUCAAUAUAAGCAGUGUUCGGAGAUGAUAAGCAAUCUGGAAGAAAAAUUAUUGAAUGCUGAAGAAAGUGCCACAAGGAUGACUGAACGAGCUGAGAAAGCUGAAAGCGAACUAGAAACUUUGAAGCAAGUAGUUAUUGAGCUGACAAAAGAUAAGGAAGCAGCUGCUCUUCGAUACCAGCAGUGGUUAGAGACGAUUUCCAGCCUGGAAAAGAAACUUGCUUGUGCCCAGGAGGAGACUCAAAGGCUCAACAAUGAGAUAGAUGAUGGGGCUGCGAAGUUAAAAGGUGCUGAAGAAAGGUGUGAUCUGUUGGACAGAACGAAUCAGAGUCUGCAUGCUGAAUUGGAGUCUAUGGCACAAACGAUUGGGGAUCAAAAUAGAGAACUAACAGAGAAGCAGGAGGAGUUGGGGAGACUUUGGACCUCCGUACAAGAGGAACACUUGAGAUUUAUGGAGGCCGAAACAGCAUUUCAAACUCUCCAGCAUCUGCACUCUCAAUCUCAGGAAGAACUAAGAGCUAUGGCCGCAGAGAUUCAGAAUAGGGCUCAAGUUUUACAGGACAUUGAAACUCGUAAUCAUGGUUUGGAGGAUGAACUACAGAGAGUCAAGGAAGAGAAUAAAGGCUUGAAUGAAAUCAAUUUAAGUUCCGCAAUGUCCAUCAAGAAUUUGCAAGAUGAAAUCUUAAGCUUAAGGGAGACUAUAUCAAAACUUGAUGCUGAGGUUGAACUUAGAGUGGAUCAGAGGAAUGCUCUUCAACAAGAAAUUUACUGUUUGAAAGAGGAACUCAAUGACUUUAACAAGAGACACAAGGAUAUGACAGGGCAGUUGGAAUCAGUUUGCUUAAGUCCGGAAAACUUUGCAUCAUCCGUGAAGGACUUGCAGGAAGAGAACACAAAGCUAAAAGAUAUCAGCAAAAAGGACGGUGAUGAAAAGAUGGAGCUCCUAGAGAAGUUGAAAAUCAUGGAGGAACUUAAUGAGAAAAAUGCCCUUUUGGAGAAUUCCCUCUCGGAUUUGAAUAUUGAGCUAGAAGGUGUUCGGGGGAAACUAAAGACAUUGGAAGAAUCUUAUCAAUCUCUUUCGGAAGAGAAAUCCAUCCUUGUUGUAGAGAAGGACACACUCAUUUCUGAGCUACAGAUUGCUACUGAGAAUCUGGAUAAGCUUACAGAGAAGAAUAACUUUAUGGAGAAUUCCCUUUUUGAUUCUAAUGCCGAACUUGAAGAAUUGAGGAUAAAAUUAACAGGCUUAGAAAAUUCAUGCUUGUUGCUUGGCAACGACAAGUCUGGCCUGAUAACGGAGAGAGAAGGUUUGAUCUCUCAGUUGGAUGUAAGCCAGAAAAGGCUGGAAGAUUUAGAAAAAAGAUACCAGGGAUUGGAAGAAAAAUAUGGAGGUCUGGAGAAAGAGAGAGAAUCAACAGUUCGUGAAGUAGAAGAGCUACAAAAGUCUCUUGAGGCAGAGAAGCAAGAACAUGCUAGUGUUGUGUGUCUUAAUGAAACCCAAGUAACUGCUUUGGAAUCUCAGAUCCAUUUUCUACAACAGGAAAUUCAGCGCUGGAAGAAAGAAUAUGAAGAGGAACUGCACAAGGCCAUGAAUUCUCAGGUAGAAAUUUUCGUCUUGCAGAAAUGCGCACAAGACCUGGAAGAGAAAAAUUUAUCCCUUUUGCUCGAGUGUAGGAAACUCUUGGAAGCUUCCAAAGUAUCAGAAAAACUUAUCUCAGAAUUGGAGCUUGGAAAUUCCGAAAAGCAAAUAGUGAUACAAUCUGUAUGUGACCAAAUUAGCUUACUCAGGAUGGGGCUUUAUCAGAUGUUGAGAGUUCUUGAGAUUGAUGCUAUUUAUGGCUAUGAUGAUAAGACCAAACUAGACCAAACAGUUAUUGACUGUGUAUUUGGCCGACUCCACGAGAUGCUAAAUUCACUUAUGAAGUCCCUAGAUGAAAAUCAACAAUUUGUAAUUGAGAAUUCGGUUCUUAUUGCACUGCUCAGGCAACUGAAACUAGAUGCAGAAAAUCUUGUUACUGAGAAGAAAAAAGAGGUUGAACUUUGGGAAACUCAGGCCAUUGCAUUGUUUGGUGAGCUACAGAUUUCGGCUGUCCGUGAAGUAUUUUUCGAACAGAAGGUUCACGAGGUCAUUAAGAAAUGUGAAAUCCUUGAAAGUAGAAGUAUUUCCAAAGCUGCGGAGUUAGAAGCGCUGGAAAGAAGUGUUCGAACCAUGGAACAUGAGAACGGAGGGAUUGAAGCGCAGUUGUCAGCAUAUAAAUCCACUAUUGUUUCUCUUUUGGACAGCGUUACAUCUUUGGAGACUCGAACUCUCUUGCAUCCUAAACUUCCCACAGAUUGUGAUGAACAAGUAAAGGAUUUGAAUCUGAGGACCGACUUGCAUGCUGAAAACUGUCAACAAGCAAGUGAAGAUCAAAUUGCCUUGGUUCCGGAUGGCUUUUCGGACUUGCAGGGUAUCCCUACGAGAAUUAGAGCUAUUGAAAAAGCGGUGGUGGAAAUGGAAAAGGUUGCAAUGCUGGAAAACUCGAAUCUCAAUUCCAAACUAGAGGCUGCAAUGAAACAGAUUGAAGAACUAAGCUCAUGUCAAGAAAGCGUCGGAACAAAGAAGCACAUGGAUGCUAGGCGAGGAGGGAGGGAACUUAGCCAUGGUCUCGGUAACAAUGUCAGAAUGCCGAGACCAAAAAGUGAAAUAUCUGAAGAGGACAAUGAUAUGAUGACAAAAGACAUAAUGCUUGAUCAGAUAUCCGAGUCCACAUCCUAUGGGUUAAGCAGGAGAGAAACAGAAGAGACAUUCGAGUCAUCGGAAACCAACAAACAUGAUGUUAGAGCUGACUCGAAAGUUGGCAAGGCUCGGAAGGGACACAAGGGCAAAAGUCCUACUGAAUCACUUGUGAAGGAGUUAAUUGUAGAUAAAGUGGGUUCUAAGAGCUUUAAAGAACUGAACCGACAAGGAAGCAAGAGGAAUAUUUUACAAAGACUCGAUUCCGAUGCACAAAAGUUGGCUAACCUUCAAAUAACCGUACAGGAUCUAAAGAAGAAGGUCGAGAUAACCGAGAAAGGCAAAAAGGGGAAAGGAAUUGAUUAUGGUACAGUCAAAGAGCAGCUAGAAGAAGCUGAGGAAGCCAUCACGAAGCUUGUUGAUGCCAAUCGCAAAUUAGUGACGCAAGUUGAAGAUGGUUCUCGAUACCCUGAUGGGAAAUCAGCAUCAGAAUCUGAUGAGAGUGGUAGUGUUAGGAAACAAAGAGUGUCAGAACAAGCUCAAGGAGGGUCUGAGAAGAUCGGGCGGUUGCAGUUAGAGGUACAGAAACUACAGUUUCUCUUACUGCAGCUCGAUGAUGAAAAAGGAAACAGAGGACAAGCCCGAGUCACUGAUCAGAAAAGACGAGUUAUAUUGCGGGACUAUCUUUACAGUGGGGUAAGAAACAUGCAGAAGAAGAAGAAAGCACCCUUUUGUGCAUGUGUUAAACCCGCAACUAAAGGAGAUUGAGCAAUGGUUCAUAUCAGUAGAGAGAAUUUAAUUGCAUUGUCCAUAAAUAUAUACCUUUCUAGUUUUGUUGUUUCACAUAUUUCUUUUGUUACAGAGGCUUCGUUCUAUACUUCAUAGAUUCUACUGUAUAUUUCAGGCACCAUCUAAUAGAAACAAAUUGCACUUUUAUAGUCUACAA